AUGACAAAGCGACCCGAAGAUGCAGCUUCUCCCGGGCCGUUCGCGCAAGAGGACGAGAGUUGCGACACCGCCAGCGAACCUUCCAGCGACGCAAAGUCCCAAACACUGGACUUUGAGUCCGAAGACGGUGCCCAAGAUGCCGAGUCGAUACAUGACAAUCCCCAAGACGGCAAGCCUGACAACCUCAAUGACGAAAAGACGACGGAGGAAAUCAUUACCUUGGCCCGGAAGCUCGCAGCUCUUCAUGUCCCACCGCCGCUUCGCGAAGCACUGCGUGACGAAAUUAAGUUUCGCAUUGGCUCUGCCGCCCGAAUCGUCGGGAUUGCUUCGGAUUAG